CCAUAAAAAUCAGCUGAAAAUACGUGUAUGCGUCUAACACAACCAAAGCUAGCAACAAAUUCAUCCUUUCGUCUCUGAUUCAAACUCAAGGAACCCUUCUCCCCCCCUUCUUCUUCCCAAAUUCCCCAUUGAAUAUUCUCAAUUUGAACCCUUUCAUAAAGACCUUUCCAUGAAAAAACCCUGAUUUUGCAAUUACUCGACCUGAUUUCAAUCAAUUCAUACGCAUUCAAUGAAUGGUUGAAUCAAAAUCUAAUCUAGGGUUUCUAGACAGAGAGCGAUUUCUGGAGAGAGAAAAUGCCAAGCGUGACUGUAAAACUAUACAGUGUAUUCUUCAAAUUCUUAUUAAAACAUCGAUUACAAAAUCGAACGCAAACACAACUCGAUGAUAAUCAAUUUGGGAUAACAUCAAGACCUGAAGAAUCUGUUGUUGCUGCUAAUCCAUCAUUUACAGAGGGUGUUGCUACUAAAGAUAUUCACAUUGAUACAUUAACAUCUUUAUCUGUAAGAAUAUUUCUCCCUGAAACUUCACUUUCUGUUCCUCAUGGUGGCUUUGAUCCUUUGUCUAAAUCUCAACAAUCCAGGUCCAGAGUUAAUAAAACUUCUGGAUCAUCACCUGAGAAUGGAUCUCUAUCUUCAUCACCUUUGUCGGUGAACCCUAAAUUAGAUCAUAUUGAACAUCCGCUUCGUAGGAAUAGUUAUGGUCCAUCUGAGAUAUCCAAAACAUCCUCUACUCAUCAUGUUAAUGAGGAGAUUCGACGGAGUAGUAUUGGGGGAAGGAUUGAUUCUGAAGUUGGGUUACAUAUGAAACAAGAUUCUGUUGGUGGUUAUAGAGGUUAUUCACCGUUACUUGAUAGUAAGAAUCAGAUCUGUAGGAAAUUACCAGUGAUAUUACAGUUUCAUGGAGGUGGGUUUGUAUCAGGGAGUAAUGAUUCAGUAGCCAACGAUUAUUUUUGUAGAAGGGUUGCAAAAUUGUGUGAUGUAAUUGUUAUUGCUGUUGGCUAUAGACUUGCACCAGAGAAUCGGUAUCCAGCGGCUUUUGAAGAUGGGUUAAAGGUAUUGAAUUGGUUAGGGAAACAAGCCAAUUUGGCGGAAUGUAGUAAAUCGUUAACAACACGUAGUGGAUCAGAUGUUCAUCGGCAUAUUGUAGAUACAUUUGGUGCGUCUAUGGUGGAACCUUGGUUGGCUGCUCAUGGUGAUCCAUCCAGGUGUGUUCUUCUGGGUGUUAGCUGUGGUGCAAAUAUUGCAGACUAUGUGGCACGGAAGGCAGUUGAGUCAGGCAAGCUUUUAGAUCCUGUCAAAGUUGUGGCACAAGUUUUGAUGUACCCAUUUUUCAUUGGGAGUGUACCCACACAUUCAGAGAUCAAGCUAGCAAAUUCCUACUUCUACGAUAAAGCCAUGUGCAUACUGGCAUGGAAGCUCUUCUUAUCUGAGGAGGAUUUCAGCCUGGAUCAUCCAGCCGCAAACCCGCUCAUCCCUGGGAGGGAGCCUCCACUAAGGUUCAUGCCCCCGACAUUGACUGUGGUGGCAGAGCAUGAUUGGAUGCGAGAUCGUGCUAUCGCAUAUUCUGAGGAACUCCGGAAGGUAAAUGUAGAUGCUCCUGUCCUUGAAUACAAAGAUGCAGUGCAUGAGUUUGCUACCCUAGACAUGCUCCUCAAGACACCACAGGCUCAGGCUUGUGCAGAAGACAUUGCUAUAUGGGUCAAGAAGUAUAUCUCGCUUCGAGGCCACGAGUUCUCAUAUUAAGUAGUUGUAAGUAAAAUAUACCGGCAGCAGGGGCAGCAGUUUUCGUGUAUUAGUGUUUUCUUCCAUGAGAUUUGAGGGAGGAGUAAUAUUUGUUACUCAGUUGUCCUGUGAGGUGUCAUUACAUAAUCUUAUGUGUGUAAGAUAUUAAAACUUGCUGUGAGUAGGAUAUGAGCUGCGAAAACAUUUUCUCCCCUUGUUGAGGGCCUCGAGGCUUCAGUAGAAUGUUCUUAGGGCAUUCUGUUGAUCAUGUUGUUUGUUCUUUGUAAGAUGUAUUCUUUGUCAUGAAUAGAGAAAAUUUUAAUUGUAAUGAAAGUCCUUAUCCUA